AUGGGCCAAUAUCUGGAAGAAAAUGUGUGCUUCAGCUGGAAAAUAAAUGUGGACAUUAUUCGGAGUAUGGGAGUAGCUGUAUCGCCUCUUGACCGAAAAUGUUACAAGGUCACUGCUCGUGCCGCAUAUGAUCGACAGCACACCUUACUUGACUGGAUGGAGUGUAAUCAAUUUAUUGAUUGUGUGGUUAUAUGUAUUACUUAUACCAAUCAAUUGAAUGGUGUAUUGAAUACAAUCACGACUGGUAGAAGUCCAGGAUUGUCUCGUCAGUAA